AUGGGGAGCAGCGCUUUCACCCUGGUCCUCGCCCUGGCCCUGGUGCCAUGCAUCACCCAUGCGGAGAGAAAGUGCCAGCUCAGCGGGCUGUGGAGGAACGAGCAGGACUCGCUGAUGGAGAUUUCAGCGUUGAUGGACAACGGGGACUUCCAGGGGAAAUACCUCACACGGGUCACACUCACUGGUGGCUGCGCCCGCGCCUCCCCGUUGAAGGGUGCCCAGCAGCAGCCUGGCGAAGGGGGAUGGCCCACCUUUGCCUUCACCGUGCGCUGGGACAAGUUCUCCAAUGCCAGCACUGCCUUUGUGGGACAGUGCUUUGUGGACUCGGGUGGAAAGGAGGCACUGACCACCAUGUGGCUGCUGCGUGAAGCCGUCGAGUCCCUCAAGGAGGACUGGAAAGCCACCAGGGUGGGCAGAAAUGUCUUCACACGCAAACACACCCCGAAAGGAAAGAAUCUGCCAAGCUUGUUCCCAUCCUGUGAGGACAAGUCUUCGACCAUCCCUUGA